AUGAAAACUAAUGGCUUUUAUUGGAGAAAUGAAGGACUUUCUAUGUUUUACGAUCAUGAAUUGGGAAUAAGUUCGGUUUUAGAGAGAUUGGAUGGAAAAAUUCCGAAUUCUUAAGGAAUUCGGAAAAAGAAUAUUCGAAUUUUGAUGAAUACUAUUAUCGGCAAUUUAUAAUCUGCAGACUUUUUUUUAGGGUAAUUAAAUAAUAACAUAAUGGCAGACUAAUUGUUGUUUGGAUAUUGGGGAAUCAGAGGACUUGGUUAAUCAUUGAGAUACUAUUUGGAAUACCUUGGUUUACCAUAUUAAGACAAAAGAUACGUGAAACCUGAAGAAUGGUUUGGCGAAGUUGCAUAAGCUCCACUUAAUAAUGAAGUUCUUGUCAACUUGCCUUACAUUAAGGAUGGAGACAAGUGGAUUUUUGAAAGCGGUGCCCUCUAUGUUUAUUUGGCACACAAGGCCAAUAGAGCUGAUUUACUUGGAUCAACUCCAGAGGAGCAAGUGACUCUCGCUUAGACCAAGGGAGUACUCUAAGACCUAUUGAAAUCCUUUUUCACAUUAAUCACAUUCUCAGAAGAACAAUAUGCUGCAAAGAAAGAGGAAUUCUUCAAGACCGACAUUCUUUGGCUUAUUGAAAAAUUGAAUGCUUUCUUGGGAGGCAGAUAAUGGGCAGCAGGAAACAAUCUGACUUAUGUCGAUUUCCAACUUUUUGAAGUUGAAGAAACCUUAAAAGCCUUCAACAUUGAUACCUUCAACGCAUAAGCAAACCUAAAGAAACAUCAUGAUGAAUUUUCCAAUAUCGCUUAGAUCAAGGCAUACUUGGGCUCAGAUAAGUUCAUUGCAGGACCAUUUUACCCACCAGGAGCUUUCAGAUGGGGUUGAUUAUUAUAAAUAACAAUUAUAAGACAUUGAUAUCAA